AUGAUUUUUCCUCUGCCAACAGCAAUUAAAGUUACAGACACAUUUAAAGGAAAUUUUGAUGGUAUCGUAAUUGUUUCACAUUCAAUAGAACUCGUUAGAAAACAUAGUCAUUUAGAAAAGAUUUAUGAAAAUUUAGUUGAAUAUAGUUUAGAAAAUAAAUGUAUUAAUACUCCUUCAGCACAUUUUAUUUUACUUCCAUUUGAUUUAUUUCCUAUUCGCCGCUUAAUAUACUCAAAUGUUGGAAGUAUUGAUGAAGAUUUUGAUGAUGUUAGAAAGUAUAAAACUGCUGCUAUUAAUGGUAUAGAAAUGGCUAUAUCUUCAGGAAUGAAAAAUGUUGUCUUAAUUACAUUAUCUGAUGGAACAUUUCAGCAAGCUAAUUUAAUAUCAGCUAUUGGUGCUAUACAUCCUAUUUAUCUUCCCUUAACUAUAAGAGAGCGUAACUUAAAACAUCAAAAAAUACUAGAAAGUUUAAAUGUAUUUGUUAAUGAAAAAGAAAAGAUAAAUUUUGAAAAAAUAUUAAAUGCUUUUUCAGUUUCUCUUGCUGUAUGUAGAGAUGUAGGAGAUUCAGAUCCUAUAAGAAUGACACCAUUAAAAGUUGGAAAAUAUAUGAAAGAUUUAUUUGAUGAAACAUCAUCCGUCAAAAUUAAAAAUAUUACAGACUUAGAUAUUAUUGAAAAAGAUUAUCCAUUAAUGUUUGCAGUUAAUCGUUCUGCAAAUGAUGUACCCGAACAUAGACCGUGUCUUAUUAAAUUGGAAUAUAAAGGUCCCUCUGAUAAAGAAGAUAUAGAAACCAUAAUGCUUGUUGGUAAAGGUGUUACAAUUGAUACAGGUGGUAUUAAUUUAAAAAUAGGAACUGCCAUGAAUGGAAUGAGUAGAGAUAAAUAUGGAUCAGCUGUUGUUGCUGGUUUUUUUGCUGCAUUAGAUAUUUUAAAACCAAAAAAUCUCCAUGUUAUUGCAAAUAUGCCAAUGGUUCGUAAUAGUAUUGGUUCUAAUGGUUAUACAUGUGAUGAAAUUAUUCAAUCAAGAAGUGGAAAAUAUAUAAGAAUUAUGAAUACUGAUGCUGAAGGUAGAAUAUCAAUGCUUGAUUCAUUAACUGAAUUAUUAGAAAUGUCUAUUAAUUAUAAAAAUCCUCAUCUUUUUACUUUAGCUACUUUAACUGGUCAUGAAAUUUUGGCACAUGGAGAAUAUGCAGCAAUGAUGGAUAAUGGACCUGCCUUAAAAUAUGGUACUUCAAAUGAAAUUCUUAAAACUGGAGAAAUAUAUGGACAACCUUUAGUUAUUGAUCGUUUACAACCAGAAGAUUUUCAAUUUAAUCUUCCUGAAUGUAAAGAAGCAGAUCUUCGUCAAGGAAAUACUUUAGCAUCUGUAGUUACACUUAGAGGACAUCAAGCACCAGGAGCUUUUCUUAUUCAAGCUUCUGGAUUAAUGAAUCAUCAAAAUAAAAAUGAAAGACCAGUUAAAUUUACUCAUAUUGAUAUGGGUAGUUGUAUGGGUGAUUUUCCAAAUGUAUCUUUUCCAAAUCCUCUUGUAACAUUUAUUGCUCAUUAUAUUUUACCACGUAUUUAA